CGACGAUUAGUGGGGGAGGAGUUAUUCUUUGUGACUUGUCACAUCCAAUUCUUUAUUUCUUACAAAAAAGUAAGACCAAAACUUGUCCACGUCAGCUAUGAGGGGUCAAAUUACUUGGAUGUUGGACUUGUCAUCGUCGCCAUUCAGCUGCUAACUUUGUUUAAACAGACUUCUUCUGUCAAGUGUCGUUAUUUUAUUUGUCAUAUAUCAAGAGAGUCAACGUCAUCUCCAUUAUAUUUGAUUAUAUUUGAGUGGUCAUGAGAUAAUUGACAUUUUUGUGCUUUUAGAGUAACUUGGUCAACAUUGUUUUGCAUCUUUUUUCACGCAUGAUCCAUCUUAUCACAUCUGAUCUGACAUUUUCGUCAAGCUAUACCAGUCUUGAUUUUUGUUUUCUUCCUUCGUUACACCACACGACAUUUAUAAGACUCAAAAGUUGAGAGAGAACAUGAACAAGAAAAACAUCACUAUGAAGACAGAGACUCACAAACUCCUCUGUAUUCUACUAGUUAUCUCUGUUCUACUAUCUCUGUUCAUCAAUGGCGUCUCAUCCGCAAGAAAACCUCCAGAUCUUUGUAACAGAGUCUGCGGAGACUUGUCAAUUCCUUUCCCGUUCGGUAUUGGUGCGAAAGAUUGCUAUCUUAACCCGUGGUACGAGGUUGCCUGCAAAAACUCUGUUCCGUUUCUCUCAAGAAUCAAUAGAGAAUUGGUGAAAAUCUCUUUUCCACACCAUUUGGGAGAUGGAGUAGUUCACAUCAAAGGUCCCGUAACUUCGUCCGGUUGCUCAUCUGGACCAUCUCAGCAUCCGCCUUUAAACAUUGCCGGCCAAGGCAGCCCCUUUUUUUUCACUGACAAGAACCUCCUCAUGGUUGUUGGUUGCAACGUCAAGGCCGUUAUGACGAAUGUCAAAUCUCAGAUCAUCGGUUGCGAGUCAAGUUGUGACAAGAAAAACAGUAGCAGCAGCCAAAGAACAAGAAACGAUAUAUGCAAUGGUUAUAAAUGUUGUCAGACGAGGAUACCAGAAGGGGAGAUGCAAGUAAUUGGAGUCAAUUUAGAGAUCCCUGAAGAUCGCAACACAACAGAAGAAGGAUGCAAAGUUGCUUUUUUGACGAGCAACAAGUAUUCUAGUUUCAAUGUUACAGAGCCAGAAAAGUUUCAUGGUGACGGAUACGCGGUGGUCGAGCUUGGAUGGUACUUUGAUACUUCGGAUCCCCGUGUUUUAAACCCCAUAGGUUGUACAAAUGUGUCAGAUCCAUCACAAGGUGGCGGGUACGGUGUCGAGUCGAGUUGCGUGUGCUGGUAUGGCUAUUUCUCUGGAUUCAGCUAUAGGAGUUGCUUUUGUAACUCGAUGGGUUACACAGGGAAUCCAUUCCUUCCAGGUGGAUGUGUAGAUAUUGAUGAGUGUAAACUCGAAGAAGGACGCAAAAGGUGUAAAGACCAAACUUGUGUGAAUAGGCCCGGUUGGUUUGAGUGUGAGCCAAAGAAACCAGAACAGCUCAAACCAGUGAUUCAAGGUGUUCUUAUAGGUUCAGCACUAUUGAUUUUUGCCUUCGGAAUUUUCGGGUUGUACAAGUUCAUUAAGCAGCGACGGAGGAUAAUUCGGAAGAGAGAGUUCUUCAGACGUAAUGGAGGUAUGUUGUUAAAACAACAGUUAGCUAGAAAAGAAGGCAAUGUAGAGAUGUCAAAGAUAUUUAGCUCCAAUGAGUUGGAGAAAGCUACUGAUAACUUUAACAAGAAUAGGGUUCUUGGGCAAGGAGGUCAAGGUACUGUUUACAAAGGUAUGCUCGUUGAUGGUAGAAUCGUUGCAGUGAAAAGGUCGAAAGCCAUGGAUGAAGACAAGGUAGAAGAGUUUAUCAAUGAAGUUGUUGUUCUAGCACAAAUCAAUCACAGAAACAUUGUUAAACUCUUGGGAUGUUGUCUUGAGACAGAAGUUCCAGUCCUCGUUUACGAGUUUGUUCCAAACGGAGACUUAUGCAAGCGUCUUCGAGAUGAAUCUGAUGAUUACACAAUGACAUGGGAAGUGCGCCUUCACGUUGCAAUAGAGAUCGCAGGAGCACUUUCGUACCUACACUCAGCUGCCUCAUUUCCAAUAUACCAUAGAGAUAUCAAGACUACCAAUAUACUACUAGAUGAGAAAUAUCAGGCUAAGGUGUCGGAUUUUGGAACUUCAAGAUCAGUAACCUUAGAUCAAACUCACUUGACAACUCAAGUUGCAGGUACUUUUGGGUACGUGGAUCCGGAGUACUUUCAAUCAAGCAAGUUUACGGAUAAAAGUGAUGUGUACAGUUUUGGAGUUGUCCUCGUGGAGCUCAUUACCGGGGAAAAGCCGUCCUCCCGUGUCCAGUCUGAACAAAACAGGGGUUUUGCAGCUCAAUUUGUGGCAGCCGUGAAAGAGGACAGAGUUCUUGACCUAGUAGAUGAUCGGAUCAAAGAUGAAUGCAACCUGGACCAAGUGAUGGCAGUGGCAAAACUCGCUAAGAGAUGUUUAAACCGAAAAGGAAAGAAAAGGCCUAACAUGAGAGAAGUUUCGCUUGAGCUGGAGAGGGUUCGUUCAUCACCUUAUGAUUCAGAGAUUCGUAAUGAAGACGAUGAUGAUGAGGAGGAUCAAGCCAUGGAACUUAACUUUGACGACACUUGGGAUGUUGGUAUGACGACUGCUCCAGCCUCUAUGUUUAAUAAUGGAUCCUCCACAUCUGAUGUUGAGCCUCUGGUUCCUCCACGAACGUGGUGAUGGUCAACUCGAAACAAUGCAUGUGUACCACUGCAUUUGAUGAAAAACAUUGUUAUCUUUCAAGUUUCAAUUAUGAAUUCUAGCUUUUCACCAUGUAACAAUACGCACAAUUUGCAUCAUGAAACCAAGAAAUAAAGAAUGUUUUAGUCUGUAAA